GCAGGGGGAUAGUGAGGUAUAGUGGUGGCGGUUCUUCGGUGGGAGAAACGGUAGACCCGGGCAGUGCAAGCCGGGCUGCCUGCCCGACGAUACGGUCGCUCUGUUGGGGUGUCGCGGUAAUUUAUCUCUUUUUUUUCUCUGCACGCGCAAACUGAGCUUGACAUCGUCCGGUUUUCUCUUUCUCUCUCUUUCCCGCUCUCUCUCCUCUAUUCUUUCACGAGCGCUUCCGGCGUGUACGGCUGUCGGAUCGUGUCUUAUCGAGAAGGGGGGAAAAAGUGGGCGCGCGCUACCUGUGUCAAGACAAUACCGGAGAGCACGUGCAUCCGUGCGAAAGAGAGCCGAAGAGCGCGCUCGAGGGAUCGCACACGCACCCCUACCCUCUUCUUGGAAGCUCGUGCUGCCGACAAGUAACAGAAUCGCGUGACAGCGGCACACCGGAACCACUCAUGUCGCUUUGAAGAGUGAUGACCGUCACAAGAGAUGCUUUCGCGGCAGGUGGGCGAGCCGCACGGCUCUAUCUUACGCCAAUCAAGAUUCUGCAGUUCUAAAGACACCACAGAACUGUUGUGAGGUCAGCGAUUGCUAAUCAGCGGCGGGCCUUUAUGCCGGUACUCAGCACCAGGAAGUGACGAGAGGCGCAACUGGGAUUCAAGAAUCCUCUGUUUCCUCCAUUGAAAACAGGCGAGAUCGAAACAGAGAGUCAGGAUGUUGCGCAACAACGUAAUGUCCUUCAUGAAGAAGAUGGGGAUGACGCAACAGGAAGCCGGUGCAUCGGGGCCAGUCACGCCGGAGGAAAGUGGAAAAACCUUAAGCAAGUUAUUGCAGCUGGGGAACAUCAUAACGGCGGGAAACGUGACGAAACCGGCCAAGGUCACCCCGGUGGAGGACAUUCAGCCCAAAGAGGAUUCCACCACAAUUGAGUCUUUGAAACCAAAGUCAGAAACGGGCGGCAAGACAAGCAGCGGGGACGACUGCAGGGUAUGUCGGAAGUCGUUCGGCCCCGAGGAAGUCUCGCGAACUUGUUGCGAGUGUCAACAUAAGGUCUGCGAGGACUGCGCCUCGUAUUCGACGACAACGAAUUCCGACGAUCCGUCUUCCUGGCGAUGUAGCGUUUGCCGUCGAAAGAUCGCCUCGAGGGACCAGCCGAUAGUGACACAGGAAUCCACAGAUUCAAUGCUAGACGUGCCGUGUUUGGAGACUCUUCACAGGAGGCACAGCGAUGCCCGACUCGGUCCCACUGGAAGUCAAAUAGGUGCACUUGGAACUGGAUUGGCUCCACCGCGAAGUCCGGAAAUUCGGAGACACUCCGACGUUUCGCCAGCUAGUCUCAAGGAACUGGAGAAGUUUCGAAAGGUUGCAGGGGAACGCCAGAGGGAGGAACUCAGAUGGGAGCGCGACCUGGACCGGAAGAGCAAGUCGAGGGGCGGCUCGCCCGAUCGCCAUCAAGCCUCCGAUAGAGGGAGAGCGACCAGCCCUCAGAGAGUCGUCAUGCCGACCCAGGCGGGCGCGAUCGAGCAGGAGGGCGGUGAUCUGGACGACGAGGAGGAACGUCGACGUCGCGCUCGUCGUGGAGGUAAUACAGUUCGCCGUAAGUCUCGCGUGACCAGGCAAAGGUCUUACGACGAUGAAAUCAAAACGGCGGCCACGAUGGCUGCCGGUGGAGCGCAGCCCACGCACCCUGACACCGGCCUAGGACUUCCGGUUCAAUUACCAAGACGAGCGUCUGCCUACGACGUUUACGCUGUGCCCGGAAGUAGCGGCCUUAACGCAAUGGCCAUCGCCGCCGCUCAACAGAGAGCCUCCAUUUCGGCGCAAGGCACCCGAGAACCUGAAGAGCGGCCUCGCAGGUCGUCCUUCCGCGCCGUGAAACCGGUGAUGCCCUACGACGUCGCGGCCGACGAUGAGAAGAUGAUUAAGCUAGACUCGUCAUCUGCACCUGUGGUUGCACCGCCUGUGUCCCAACCUGUUCUUAUACCCGACGAGGAGAGGCGCAAUCGACGAAGGGGCUCCCAAUUACCCGACAUAAAUGCGAUAAGAGCGUUAACCUCGGCUCAACCAGGAGCGGCAAAAGCUGCCCCUGCGGCGGCUGUUAGCAGGGUUGCAGCUGAAGAACGCGAAUUGCCUAGGCAGGGAAGUCUGGUCGACGGGGAAGGCAUCAAGAUCGUUAUUCAUGACGUCGACAGUGAUCUAGCUCCCCGGAUGAAUGCGAAGAGAAGGGUAAAGCUGAGGAGAGAUCCCGUCAUGGAUAAAGGACACAGAACGCGUGGAUUUGGCAUGAGGGUGGUAGGCGGCAAGACCGGGUCGGACGGCCGCACCUUCGCGUGCAUCGUGUGGACCGUGCCGGGUGGCCCCGCCGAGAAAGCUGGCUUGCAACAAGGCGACAAGGUGCUAGAAUGGUCCGGCGUGUCUUUGAUCGAUCGGAGCUUCGAAGAGGUGCAGCAGAUAAUCGAACGGACCGACGACGUGGCGGAAUUAGUGGUAGAGCAUACGACCGAAAUCACCGGAGAUUUGCUGGAUGAUCCGCAAGCCGGAAAAACACCUACAAAUUUGGGCCUGCUGAUGGAAACCGAAACGGACAAAACGCCCUCGUCGCCGACGCGCAGGAAACUGCCAAAGACGCCGGAACAAAUAGCGAAGGAGAGGCAGGUGACCGGUCGCCUACAGAUCCAGGUUUCGUACGAAGCGGAACGUAAAGAAUUGGUCGUUUCGGUUUUUAUGGCCGAUGACCUGUGUACGCGAGAAGACACCGGAUUCGGCAUCUUGCCGGAGGCUUUCGCAAAGCUUAUCCUUGCUCCGCCAUCCGGCGAUGCAGCUCCGCUGAAAACUAUCGUAGCCGAGCCGACCCAGAAACCCAUCUGGAACGCUACAUUGUUCUUUACUGGAGUUGAUGGCGAGAGCUUGAUGGAACGUGCGAUCGAGGUGACUCUCUGGGAUUACUGUCCCGAUGGCGAUAAUGUGUUCCUUGGUGAAUGCACUGUCGAUGUUCAGCGAGCGCUUGAAAAUGAUAGAGCUGUUUGGUAUCGAUUGGAGGAUCCACGCGGACUUCGAACAGGCAAGUCGCCGUAUUGUUCACCGCGGGGCUCGGUAUCGAUGGACGUCGCCCAAAGAUUAUUCAGGAAAGAGCUGCGGGAUCGUAGCUACAGCGACGAUACGCAGAGCGACAGCGGCAGCCCCGAGUUCUGUUUCCUACAUCCGGAUCAUGCUUGGCACAAUUCUAGACGUGGUUCCAGUCAGUCCGAGCAACUCGAGGUUGAGCCUUACGAGCUCAACCGGGAUUACAGCAGAUCCCUGCCGGGUAGCCGCAGGAGCAGCUUCCAGAGUCAGGGCGGCACUGAUAGCAAGCGUGGAAGCAUGUGCGAAGCCGAUAUGCCCGUGUACUACAAUCGCGAUCGGCGGCGAAGCUCGUUCACCAGACCGAUGAGGGAUCCGGAGGAGAUCCUGGAGGGUCUACGAGCGUUGAAGGCGACCAAGGGCGAGCUUAAUAGGACCAUGAGCCUCUCCGGCGACAAGAGACGCGGCAGCCGGCGGGGUGAGCGCAAAGACAGCGUCAUGGAGAUUCCUGAGAGAUUUUACGAUCGAAAUAGCGAAUCCGACGAAGACGAGAAAUGGAGUCAGUCGGCGAGAAAUGAAAAUGGCGUCGAUCUGAAACUGGGUCGUGGACAAUUGUUGCCGAAAGGAAAAAUAAUCAGUGGAGCGCAGAACGGCGAAGUGCAACUGGGCUUCUAUAUGUGCAAGGGAACUCUCGAGGUCGAAGUUAUCUGCGCAAGGGACAUUUGUCCCGAGGAGAAGGAGGAGCCAGAUACUUACGUGAAGACGUACUUGCGAGAACGAGACGGCGAGAAGUGGCUGCAGAAGCGCAAGACCCGCGUGGUGCGACACUCGAAGACCCCGCAGUAUCGGCAGACGCUGAAAUACGUACGCUGCGACACCCUGCAGGGCAGGCACUUGCUGGUGAUGCUGUGGGAAAAGAAGCAGGGCUUCGAGAGCAACCAGGGGCUGGGUGGCGCCGAAGUGGAUCUCGAUGUACUGCCGCCGAAGGAAUUCAUCUUCGACUGGUAUCCGCUCUUCCCGAUCCACACCCUCGGCACGAACAACGCGGACUCGCCAUGAUGGCUAAGGGAAAAAUGGGCCCUCGAGGCCGGCGAGCUCGACCUCAGAUUGAGCCUUUUGCUCAAGGACGAGGGCGAGUCCGUCGUCAAGAUCAUCUCUUGAUGGAAAUCGUGGCUGAUCAUGUGGCAAUUUCGACUGGCUCGAAUCGAACGCGAUCUCGAACUCCGCGCGACAACGGCAUUCUUUAUUAUUGCAAGUCCUUGAGAGUAGCGACGAGGCUCACGUUGUUGCCCAGAAUGCAAAUGAAGUUCGCGUCGACAAGGUUUAGUUUUUUUUUUUUGCUACAACUUUUUAAUCAUAACUUGUAGCAAAUUUGGUUGGAUCGCACUGGUACGUACUGGUGCACAUUAAAGUCGCUGUACACUGAUCUAACCUUGUUUAAGAAUAAAAAAUAAAUAUUGUAAAUGAUGAAAUAUAUAUUUUACUAAAUAGUAUAAUAAAAUAUCGAUUGAUCGGGUUUUCACAAUUUUAUCUGUUUAUAUUAAAUGCGUAUUUUUACGUCGAUUUGUGUACGACAAUUUUAAUGUGCAUCAGUGCUCACUAGUCCAACCGAAUUCGCUAUUAUAUUCACAAUAAUAUACGGAUGUGUUUGGAUGAUGUUCAGAAUAACACAUUUAUUUUAUUCAAUUGAUCUAUCAAAUUACAUUGUACACGAAUAUUAAAUAUUAAGCGCAUCCAAUGCUGAUAUUAACGUCCAUUAACGUAUUUUAUAAUUGUUACUUAAUCAAUCUGAAAGUGCAAACAAAUAAGUAAUGAACACAUCUGUCAGUUGUCAGAAUGUUCGGUUUAUUUAUUAACAUUUGCAAAUACAAAUGAUCGUGGAAAGGAGUAUUUCUAAAAUUGGAUAUUAUCGAAAUUUUAUAAUAAAAGGAUAUGUCUUUUUUUCUUUUAAUAAACAUAAAGUUAAAAUGUCAUGGAGCGUAAGAACUUCAGAUUGCAUCGCAAUGUAUAAAAAGUAAUUCUCAAAAAUAAAAAGAUUAGUCAGUAACGUGGAUCGAUCAUACGUCGUACGACAGACUUGAUUGAAAAAAAAAAAAUGCUUAGCGUAUAACCGGAAGACAAUCAACUUCAGAGGGUUUAUACAAUUGUUCAAUAAGACAAUCAACUUUAAAAAUUGUAAAGACAAUGAAGCUUCCAUUGAACUUACACUUGUGAGCGUCAGCGUCAGCGUCGUCGCGUUUCAACUCGGUAGUAAAAAAGGAAGUAAAAAAAAAGAAUAGAAAAGAUGAGAAAGACAGAUUCAAGAGAACCGAGUUCCUUCGAUUAGCGCCUUUCGAGAUCCACGAGUGCCGAUGAAGCGCUCGCGGUGAUUUUAGCAAUAAAGGUGUACCUGUGAAAGUCUUGUUCGCACGAAGCGGCAGGAACAAAGAAUGAAAAAGGUACGGAGAGUUUAUUUUUCGACGAGCAACUACAGAGACAAGUGGAGGCAGCCAUAUAUCCUGAUGAAAUGAUAAGGGUCCAUUUUUCCCGAAACAAAUAUAAUGAUCGACGAGUGAGUAUCGUCGACUGUGCGAAGCGAAACUUGAUCGACAUCUGCCGCCGGCGGUGGUUAAAUCUGGUUGAUCCAGUCAGUGAUUCGAUUGAAUUUCGCACGUACUAAUUCAAAUAUCGAUACUUAAGGGUCAAUAUAGGAGGAUGUAGACCCCUCCUAUCUGAUCCUUCUACGCCGACGAGGCGCUUUCGGGAUUCGCGUUUCUAUUUAAAGUAGAUAUUCGAUUGAGAAUGUAGAACUUAAAAUUUGCAGUAAUAUAGUAAAUUAUUGUAAUCCUUUUAAUCUAUUAAUUUUUCAAAAUGUAUUCUUUUGCCGUGCUCUUACAUUAAAUUUAUUAUUGUAUAAAUUUAUAUUAAUUUGUACAGAACAUAAUUUCAAAUUAUUUUUUUUAGAAUUUCUUUUUUGUAUAAAUAGCUAAAAAAAAAAUGAUUUAUGAAAAAACGGAAAACAGUCGAAUCAAAUGGAACGCCUCGGUCGGCGUGACUAAAUAAUGCUUUAACUAUUUAAUGAUAGACAAUCGUUUCAAGGCUCGCUGGCCGAGCCGAUGACAUAAAAAGACGAGUAAUUAGCUUGAGGUGGUGGCGAGAUGAGCGGAUGAGUUCCCGGAGGUAAACUUCGCGGCCAACUUGAAUAAUACCCAACCAAACUCGGUGUUUAGAAGUCGCACAAUUUUUGUAGCUCGUAGACUGAUAGCGGGACGUCGAGGCGGACUUCUUUGACGUUUCUCAGAUGUAAUACUGACGUCCCGUUUUGCGUAGCGUCUCGAAGAUCACUAUGACCUCAUGAAGCAAGUUCGAUUGGCCAUAAAAAGAAAAAAAAAGAAAAAAAAUCGACAGAAACAACAUAGGAAGAGAUAUGCGAAAAUUCCAAUGCGAGCUUAAUUCAUCACUUCGGGAUGAUUCACGAUGAUCCUCGGGACGCGUUAAUGUGAAUGUUUAAAUCCUAUGAUGUCCCGCGACGAGAUUAGGGACAUAAUGGAUUGUCCAGAAUUAUUGCGCUUACCCCGCCCGAGUAAUUAGUAAUAGGUAAUGAACGUGAUAAUAUUAAUUAAUGAUUCAGCAGCAUUCUCACGAUAUGAUCCAUAAAUUUAUUAUUACGCUGAGUGUGAUGCGUGCACAGACGGAGAAACACGCGGCGGUACUUAAGUGAUGUGGUGUAUCGUGUAUAACGUGAGGCUCACGGCGGGUCGGUAUCGACCCCCGGGACUUGGUAUACACGUGCACAUCUAUAUAAAUAUAUAUAUUAUAUAUUAUUGCAAUCCGCGGGGAAAACUGUAACGAAGGAUAAUCAAAAUGUACAUGUGUUUAACCGGUACGAUUAAGGAUAAAUACGGUGUCACUGUCCCAUAUCAUUAAAACUCGGUGUUAACGAUGUAGAUGUUUAAGGGAUGUCAACGAAAGUUCGGUCGAAAAUUUAUUUUUGCGAAGUUCUUUGAAAAAAACAAAAAGAGAAAAAAACGAAAUUCUUAACGACGGUACAUAGGUACGCGGCUCUUACAUUGGUAAUGUCGUUUCUUCUGUACGUAAGUUUACGUUGAUUCUACCUUUUUAAAUAUUAGAUCUCUUGCAAAAUAUCAGAUUCUCUGACUUUUCUUACGGAAACUUUUACGUAUUCAUUAUUCACGUCGGAUCUUUAAGAUCCAACGGUUUGGACAAAUCUUGCGAUUCCUUUGAGGAUUCCUUAAUUGGCAAUCUGUAAACGGCAGACUUUUGAUCGGAAAGGCAUGCACAGGCGGAAUCGCGAGCGCCCAAGCAUUCAGAAGAAAGUAAUUUUUUUACUUAAAGCACACGGAGCGGAAAAGCAUAUCGGCCCGAAAAAAAACAAAAAUGAAGAAAAAAAUGACUCUUUAAUUACGGUUGUGCUGUUCAGACACACAUACACACACAAACAUCUUUUAUCGAUAUAAUCGCUACAUCAGUCUCUCGCCUCGAACGCCAGCGACACGCCUCGCAAGACUCAUAAACGAGACGAUUGUGCCUUUGCGAGGGCUACGUCAGAUAUAUCGUAGAAAAAAAACAGUGUUUUACGAGCAAUCGGCCUAGAAACAUAUCCGAUGAUCAUGAAUAUUAAACAAUACAGAUUCGAACUUUGCUGUAAAACAAAUUACUUCUUGUGAUCUCGUUAUAUGCUUAUAUUUAUAAUAUGUAAUACGUUACGUAGUACUCGUAUCGUGAUCUUAACGAUAUUACGCACAUUUACCAAAGUCGUUAAUAUUUUAAUUAACGUGCAGCUUGUAAUGUAAAUUAAAUUUCGAAAAUUUUAAAUAUUAAUUCUUUACUUUACGAACGAUAAGUUAUACGAAUUACGCGAAAGAAACAAGGAAAUAAAUUCAAAAUAUGAUCUUAGCAAACGACGAAAAAUCGAAAGUACAAGCGAAAGAGAUAUUUGUAGCAAGAGGAUAAAGGAAAUCGGUGAAACUUUCGACGAAAAAUCACGAAUUAAUUCGAACAGAUGCAUCAUUUCGUCGAGGGUUUCCUCGUGUGAAGAUUAUCGCAUGGACAAUCUUCUCGUACGAAUGCAAUCAUCUAUACUUUAGACGGAGGACUUCUCUCCUUUGUAAGUAGUUGAGCGCAUUCUAAACAAGUUUUCUACUAGCCUUCGAAGUGACCUAACUAUUACGGACGUUAUCGAUGCCGUUGUUACUGCUUCUUGUUCUCCUCUCUUGACGAUUCUAGAUAAAUUAAUACUUAUUAGAGCUCGAAAUGAGAAUUUACAUUUCGUACACUGAGAAAGAAAUGGUGGUUUGACUAAAUUUUUCGACUCGAUUGAAUUUCUUCAGCUCACGUAUCUAUGUAUAAUAUUUAAGAUAAAUGUAUAUGUAGUUAAGUUAAAUAUAUAAACGCUUUAUCCAAAGUUCAAGUAUUUUACGUAUUUAAGUCAAAUACAUAAAUACUUGAACUAAAAAAAUUUAAUCGAGUUGAAAACUUUAGUCAAGUUAACAAUUUUUCUUUCUCUCAGUGUAAAGGUUUUAGAAAUUGUAGUAAUAUCAGUGUUUUUUAUCAGUGAAAUUACAAAUCACAAAUUAAUUUUUUUUUCUUUAAAUUAUUAUUUGGUCAUUAUUUAAAUCAGGCCUGUAUUAUUCUUUGCGUUUAAAAAAUUUUUAUUCUUUGCAAUUCUUUUUAAACUAUUACAAACUAAACACGCUCUUUCAUACAUUUUAUUUAUUUAUUUAAACUUAAAUAGAUAUAAAUAAAAUUAAGUGUUUAUAAUGCAAACGUAUAAUUAUAUCUAUAUAUUGAUAUUUACAUCUAUAUGUUCAAAAGUCUCUGAAAGCGAAGGAUUAAAUUAUCUUCGAACACGAUGCUUCACUCAUUUCUAGCGCGUUUCUAAAAAUCUUCUAGUAGUUUUCGACGAAGUUCGAGCUUACAGUGAAACCCUUACCUUAUAGUAAAAUCUAGACACGUGUCAUUCGCUCAGAUAAAGAGCAACUACGAUUUUUCUACGAUACAGAACGCUAGCACCUUAAUGUAGAGCAUGACUUGAGUCUGUUUCACUAUAUUGUCUUACGUCUAAUUAUGACGAGCACGCACACAGGCAUACACACGGACACACACAUACACACGAAAUACACAUAGAGACAGACGGACGGACAAACAGGCAAACAAAUACAUACGCAAAAAAUAUAUUGUAUCAAUCUUGACAAUCGAAACUAUUGAUUCAAAUUUACGCUGUGGAUCUCUAGAAGAUAAUAUAUACUUAUUACAGUUCAUACUAUAUACAUAUGUACUAUGGGCCGUGUGUAAAAUAUUCCUAGAAACGAUCGCUAAUUAUCGCGUAAUUGUACAUUCGGUACAUCAUAUAAAUUAUCAGGUCAAUCACAGAUAUAGAAUUACUUUCCUCCCCUUCAAAAAAAAAUUAUUGCUGAAUAUAGUUGAAGGAAAUAGACUUUCUUCCUCUCUAGAUGAAUAUCGACGCGAUUGGUCACCUCGUUGAGAACGCUGUUAAUUAAGAGUUACAAGACGGCCUGUUCCCUUACAUAUCUGUGUUGUACUCGUUCUAACUUCUAACUGUAAGUGUCAGGGACAAUCUCACGGAAGUGCGCGCGUAUCUUCACGUGGAUCAAACAACAACGGCAUUCUCUAGCCUGCGUAGCAGGAAGCGUGUCUCGUAUCAGCGUUUCGGCGAUGCAAAUCGAUCGCCGUUUGAGUUUCUUUAAUUGCUAUGUUAGUGACGCUAAGAAUUUAGCGGAAGGCAAAUCGCUAAAUGGGCAUACGAUCAAUCUGUUAUACUUCAUGACGAAACGCUGUGCGAGAAGAAAACUAGCCAUCUGCCGAUUGUAGUUCUCGUUCGUUUUCGUUCCUCGUAUGAUUGUGAUCGUCCUCAUUAUUCCUUAUUAUCAUUUCCAACACUUGUUCGAUCAUACUUUGCCACAUUUCACGAGAAAGGAUGUUUCGCGGGAAUUUAAUUAAGCGAUCGGCGAUAAUGAUGAUCGCGAUCUCCGUUUCUCAGCAGGGAACGCUCAAGUACGGCCUAAAAUCACACAUUCGAACGAGUCACGAAAGGAAUGCUUGAUCCUCGUAGAUGCGCGAUUAAUUGUUACAUACGUACACCUGUAAGUACUAGCCGUUAAACUGAUGAUUUAUAAAAUGUGUAAUUAAAAUGAAGCGCGAGAGAGAGCGGCUUCGAGAAGGAAGAGGAGAAAGGCGAAAAACGGAAUCGCACGUGAAAGAUUUUAAACGAGUUACAAUAAUCAUUCGGGACCCAAACAAUUUCGGCCGCAGAAUUAGGGACUGGUAGUUUAAAUGUGUUUAGCGAUAAUUAGUCUGCAAAAAAUUCAAUUCGACUAGAACUGAUUCAUCGUUAAAGAAGAUAUUCUCUUUAGCAGAAAGAGCUCUCGGUCUCCGCUAACUGACUUCUUCUAUGACACCGUUUCGCUCGAGGCAACUCGAGAUUCCAUACACUAGACUAAAGCAAUCGAACUGUUUUUCCAAUAUUCUCCGCGUUUCGUCUUUCUAAUAUAUCGCUCUGUCGUUAGUGACUGUAGAUACUAAUAUAAAAUUAGAACUUAUGAAAUUAGACACGUUAAGAAAUUCUGCCAUUUUCUCAUCAGCCAUAGGGAUGGCAGAAAAACGUUUCGCUGGUGUACAGUAAGCUGAUUUCCUUCGAUCAUGACACGUAUUGUGAGCCGUCAAAGUUUAGAAAUUUAUAUACAAAAUUUCAUUUAUGAAAUUUCACCUUUUUGGAUAGUGAAUACAUGAAGUAGCGAAUACAUAUUGCACUAAUAAUAAAAAUGGUUAACCGCUCUUAAAUGAAAAUUAUAUACAUAUAUAUAUAUACAUAUAUACUAAACUUUAUUACUUAUUUUGAAUAAUUAUUUUAAAUAAGAGCAUUGAUAUUGAAGAGAUACAUCUAUAUUUACAAAUCAUAUAUAUUUAAUACAAUCACUUCUUAAAUAUUAUCAAGUUUAAAUUAUAUACGUAUUUAAUAAUUUUAAAUGACAGCUGUCACCCCUCCGACAUAGCUACAUAAUUUUAUUAAUUAAAUCUCUGACGUCUGUUUGAACAUAAUAAAUAUGGCUAACAACGUGUCGAGAAAUACUGAAGAAUAUCAGCGUAAACAGAAAUACACUAUGGCCUUGUAAAGUCUUAUAUAAAAAAGGGCAAGUGUGUCGACGAUUCUUCUUGCUUUGUUUUAUUAGAAUUAUUAGAGAUUAAAAUUCGUAUAAUUUUUACGGGCGAUUGCGCAAUCGCUCCGCGCUCGUGCGUACUUUCACGAAAGUGAUUGCUCGCAAGAAAGAGCGCAACAACGGGAAAGACACCCUUAACGUAGCUAAAAGAUAUAAAUACGAUAUGUUGUCACACAUAUAUCAAACUUAAUGUGAUGUUCCCUGCAUGUUGAAUGUUGAUCGUCACGUAUGUGGAUUAGCGUCACCGAGUGUGAUAGAAUUGCGGGUUAAUCAGAGUGUGGGUAAUUAGCGGUUAAGUGAACUGCGAUACAAUUUACUUUCUAUUGAUUUUGUGGUAAUUAGUGGUUACGAAGCAGUCUUAAUUAUUAAUUAAACAUUGAUUGGUCGAUGGUGAUCGAGGAAAUCGUUUCAGAACCAAAUAAAAUUUAUUCUUAAUAUAACGUAUGAGAUACCUGGGUUGAAUAAAAGCCACUUGAUUCCUUUUAUUUUUCAAAAACUCUAUGGAUAUUAAAAUAUAAUGUAUUUCAAUAUAUAUUUCCAUAAAUAAACUGAGGAUAUUGAAAUAAAGUGUAUUUUAAUAUCCUCAUAGUUUAAGCCCAUCUUGUAUGCAUAAAUUUAUAUUAAUUUAAAGUUUUAAUUUUAUAAAAAAAAAGCUCCGUUAAAUAAACAAGAUAUUUUAAUUCUGAUUGGUUACAAACGGUUUUUUAGAAAUUCUUGAUAAUAUUUAACAAAAUAUUUGAGAGUAAUUAUUAAUAUUUUUUGUUUAUAAAGUUUGAAAAAAAUAAUUUGAAUAUUGUCCUAAGAACUUCUUGUAAUCGAUGAAUCAAAGUUUAUAUAAUAAUUAGUAAAUUUAUUUAAUUUUAAUCAAUUAAAAGAGUCUCGCUCCUCAAUUUCAGGAACAAAAACUACGAAAGUAUCUAAUAUGACUUCUACAAUUUUUUUACAAGGAAAGUUCUCUGAGAGACAGUAAAAAAAAUGGAAUUUUCUAUAUAUUUAAAGAUAUUUUGCGGAUAUUAGCAGCGUGUCUUAAGAUAGCUACCAUGUCUAUCUAAAAAUCUUAUUUUGUUCUCAAACACGUGUGUUUUGUAUUUAAUCUGUCUAUUGUGUAAUGAUGAAAUGUCGAGCAUUACUAAUUUCUAAUCGUGGAUCGAUGAUAAAUAGAAUAAAAAUAAGGCGAGAAUAAUAAAGGAAAGAAGAAGGCAAUGUAAUUAAAUAAUAACGUAGCAAUUAGAAUAGACAUUAUUAUUCUUCAGUGGAGAAAUGUAUUUUUCCAUAUGUCAGAAGAGAGAGAGAGAGAGAAAGAGAGAGCAAGCGUUCCAUUAUAGUACAAUAUUGUAUGUAAUAUUUUUCUUGAGAAAGUACAGGAAGGACCAUCAUAUAUCUUGCAAGAAUGCAAAUAGUUUCGAUUAGUCAGCGAUUAAAUUAGAACAAUAGGUAGAUUGUUGAUAAGGUUAGCGCAGUAUGCUUCGUAUUUCAGAAUUAAUUUUUCGAAGAUUAAAAAUCGACUGCUGCGUUCGGUCGUGCUAAGAAUGACGUGCAAAAAAAAACAGGUGAUAUGAAAAGAUAUAUAAAGAUAAGGAGUGCCAGAUUGACAAAAUGUAUAGAAUGUAUAGAUUGACAAAAUGUACAGUGGCUUUAUACAUCCAUAACAGAAAGGUACAAAAAGACGAAGCCUCAGCCGAUUUCCGUUUGCUCCUCGUUAAAAUUUUGACGACGGUAUACAAGUCGCAAAUUUUUUACAUUAAAAUUUGUCUUCCUAAGAAUUUUGACCGUAUUAUUGUCUUCUGUUUAAUUGAUAUUAAAUUUUAAUUUAACAUCAGUUGAGUGAUAUUAAAAUUUAAUAAGUUACUUCCUUGCUUUUAUGCAUACGAGUGCUUGUGCAGCAAAUGGUACCAGUAAAAUACAGUUGUGUAUGCGGUCUGUAGACUAAAGUCUGUGCUGGAAACGAAAAAUUCAAAUACUUACUGUGUAAUAAGUCUAAAUUAUGCAAAAAUAUCUCAUAGCUUGAUUCGCGAAGCGACGAUUGAGCUUUUUUUUACAUUUGUCUCUUUCCUUUCUUCCCACCUAACAUCUGAAUACGCUUACUUCAUUUGAGAUGCAAAAGGCACAGAGAGACGAUUAGGUCUAAUGUCGACGACAAACUUGAGGGAUGACUGAUUUGUAGUAUGUAUAAUAUGCGUAUGUGUGUAAGUGUGCGUCUAUAUGUAAGGCUUUUGAGUUGUUCAUCCAUCUACUUUUCCUCGAGAAAUUUAUGGAUUUAUGUAAAUCCCUUCCAUUUUACAUUAACCACUUUUCCCACCACACACGUGCAGCACGUAUGCAGACACACCACAGACACAUGUACACACGCAUGUACACACCCACGUCAUGUACGAAAGAAAUGCUGCAUAUAUAAAACAAACGUUAGAUAAUUAAUGAUGUGAAAAAAAAGCGAGAUCAAAUUGCUGCUCGUUCCUGUAAUUAUCAGAGACAUGUUUUGUUCUCAUGUAAAGCACACACACCGAAAUAAUAAAUAAUAUUUUUUGUCGACGUAA